AUGUCCAGAGCAACCUCGGCGUCAUCUACGUCUACAACAACAACAACUACUACGACCACAACCAAUGGCAACCCACGUAGUAUGGCGGUCAAAACAACCGCUAGAGCACCACUUGCCCCUGCAUAUUCACCAACAGAUAUAACAUUGUUUGUGACCAACUUGCGGCUUCUAGACUUGGACAAGCGCGACGACUGGCCAGACAUCACUGUCCAGACAUUCUCAGCCAAGAAUGCGGAUCAGAAACAGAGGAUAAGCGGCGCAGAAUGGGCUCUGUACCGCCUGUUCGAGAUAUGGGAUGUCGACGAAACUGCACAGAAACUCCAACCUUUCUUCCCACCCCUCGAACCGCUGCAGUCGUUGAACCUUCGCGCCGCUCUCUACCGAUGCCUCAACGAACUCAAGAAAAACGGCCUUUUAGGACGCGAAACCGUCUUGCGCAAGACUAUGCUGGAUGAAUGCAAAGGCGACAAGUUCUAUGAAAUCUUGGCAUUCUUUUCCACCAUGGUCCUGAAGAAGGUGCUUGCAGCCCAGGGAGAUUACGAUGGGAACGUUGCGGUUGCGCGAACACUUGCUACGGCUCCUUCUCUUACGCCUGCUCAGCAGCAGUCGCUCUUACCUCUUGCCAUUGCUCACAAGGCAGCCCUUGUCAAUGUGCUGAAGCAGAAAGAGGAAAAGAGGCAAAAGUUCAAGGAGUUUGAAAACCUUUUGAACACAAAGUCUGUCACUAUCAGUAAACGGCUGCGCAAAUGCAUAGAAACACCAAGAGCGAAGAAACCUGUAAUAUCGCAAAAACAGGCUGAGGCGGUCAAGAAGGAGCUCAAGGACAACUGGAUCGGCAAUCCAAGGUGGCUCGAUGUCAUGCUGCAUGGCGAUGAUGUCGCAGCAGAGGAUGUGUUUCUGACUAGUCGAUUUGAUAAGGUCUGGCAUAUGGUGGAGAAGGGCUAUAAGGUCGAGAACGUCACUACUGAGACCGGAUUAUUGGAGAAUCUGCAGUCAAGAGUCCAAGAGCAGGAAUCCAGACUGCAGAAGUGGAAGGCCUUCCAUAAAGAACUGAAGGAGGAGCAGUCCCGGUCUAAGGCGAACUUGACGACAGCUCCCAUAUCGGCGAAGGAAUUCCAAUUCCAUGAUCAUAUUCGGUUACAAUUGCCUUCAGCCAAGCAAAAUUCCGAGGAAAAGUAUGUACGAAAGCCGACCCUCUCUCAAGAGUAUCAAGAGAUACUGUCCGAUUUGGAAAAGGAACUGGCCAAUGUAUCUACAAGCAAGCCAAUUCGGCCAACAUUGACGCUUUCGAGGAAGCACACUUCGUCGAUCUCAAUCUCACCUACGCCAGUUCUGAGUAGAAAGAACACAUAUCAGAAGCUUGCAUCCAAACACGAGGGCGAUGCGGUCACGGCUUCCAAGCCAUCACUACUACUGAGGACGCAAUCUUUUGAAGACGCACCUGUAAUUGAUCGGCCGCGACAGGCUGCAUCAGCGGUGACGCCUGCCGACUCUGAGGCAACCUAUGUUGGCUUCGCGUCGACAGUACCCAGCGCAAUUCCCACUCCACUUCAUGCAGUUGAACCAAUGGAAAUGCACUAUGCGCUGAAGGAUCAUGCUGAAACUACUCCGCCGAUCUUGGAACCUAUGGCUAAUGAUUCGCACCCACCGCUACCUACUGAGGAGUUGCCGACAAAAGAGGGCCACAUCCCCUCCCCCUCAGCAUCACCUCACUACCCCUCCGAGCCACCCAUUCCCACGCUCUCAUUUUCAGAAGAGAUCGAUCCUGAAGAAGCACUCGCAGACCAAAUUAUAAAUUCCAUCGGCGCCGCAACCCCUUCUCCCGUCAAAAAGCACCAACCACGCAUGUCCCUGUCCCUCAUCGAACGAACACGCCUAACGAUGUCCCGCAACAACUCCUUUGACCCACUUCCAGAAUCUCCAGACCCUGUAUCCAUGGCCCCACCAGCCCUUCCCCUCCCCACCCCAUUACAAACAGCAAACUCCAGCCACCAAGCCUCCCUCCUCGAACGCACUCGCCUCACCAUGGAAGCCAUGCAAGCCCAACCCCGCCGCCAGUCCCUCGCCCCCCAGCAGGCCUCCAACAAGGAAAAGGAAAAGGACAAACGCAAAUCCCGCACCAGUCUGUUUCCCGUGAACCAAUUCGACACGCCGCGUACGCGCAAGAGCAUCGAGCAGAUUGAGCGUGAGCGCAGUCGUGAGCGCACGCCGACGGAGGUGCUCUUUAGUGAUAAGGUGGACUAUGAUAGGGUGUUUAAGAGUCGGCCUAAAAUUGCUACGAGUCCCGUCUUCAGUCCUGCCGUGGUGGCUGGUAUAGGACUCCAUGAUGGCGAGUUUGAGGUUGAUGGAGUCACGGGGAUUGAUUUGGGUGAUGUUGAUAUUGAGGGAGAGAGUGGGGAUGAAGGGAAAACCUUGGAACAACGCUCAUUCCCAUUCACACCCGUCUAUUCCUCCUCCCCUCUAACACCCCCACAAACAUCCCAUCCCCAACCCACGCCUCCCACCCCCAUCCGCGCAGAACACAGCCACAAAGACGGAAAGUCUCCUAUCGCAGGAGGGAUGGUAUUGGGUGGUGCGCGUACGAUAAAUGCACUUCAGCUAUGGUGA